CGAGAUUUGAUUUAUACAUCAAAAUGAUGGCGACUAAGCUGGGUUAAGUUCAUUAUACUGUUACAUGUAUUGCAGAUUUCAAUUAAUAAAAUAGAGAAAAUCUUUGGAUACAUCGAAUACAACUGAGGGAAUAAAAAUAAGGAAAUGUCGUAUAGAGCAAGAAGGAACCAAACUGGCAGUCCCAAGGUGGAAGCUGGUAGCAGAGAUAGUAGCCGAGGAAGAAAUCUCAAUCAUUCAUUGGAUGGAAGUUCAUCAUUAGAAAUUGCUUCUCUUGAGGCAAAAAAUAAAAGCAAUGAUAGACUAAUUUCUCAUUUAAAUAUACAGGUUGAAUACCUGCAAAAAACAAAUCAAGAAUUGGAAGACAGAAUAAAUGAACUCGAGGAUUCAAAGUCAAUGACGAUCCGAGCAAAUCAUAGAUUGGAAGGAGAUGUUGAUAAGUUACAUGCUGAAUUACGAAAUAUUGAUAAUCUCGCUCAGCAAAUGGAAGAUGAAAAAAAGAAUGCAAUUGAAAUGGCUGACCGAGAGAUUCAAGAUGCACAAAUAGAAUUAAGGAAUUCCAAACGACAAGAAACACUACUUGAAACAAAGCUAUUGGAAGCAGAAGAGUACCAGAAAAAACUUAUGGGAGAAAAUGAUAACCUUCAAAACAAAUAUGCUGUUUCAAAGAGUGAAGUCAGAAAUCUGAAUGAUCUUAUUGAUAAAAUACAAUCCGACAAAAAAUUACUCAGUGAUCAUGUACAAAACUUAACCUCAAAAGAGAAAAAACUUGCCACUGAAUUGGAAAGAUAUCGUAUCAGUCCGAAAAAAGCACACAGACGAGACAAAAGUCCAAGCAAACUCGAUUCUUUCAUCAGAACCCUCGAAAAAGAACGGGACUACUAUAAGGAUGAGUGUGACGUACUCAACACUAUGUUACAGAAUCGCAGUGGAAAAGCAACGAGUGUAACCAGAGCUCGAGGAAGAUCGAGGAGUCCUGGACUAAAGAAAUCUCAACAACCAAAAACUAGCGGCAGCCAAGAUCUUGUCAGUAAAGCGACAUUCCAAAAAAUUGUCCGAGAAAGGGACGAACUUCAAAAAAUGUUGGACAAAUUUGAAAAUCACACGGCAGAAAUUCAAGCGAAUGUUCGUGUUUUGUCGCAAGAAAGAGACAAGAGCAAUAUGCUUUAUGAACAGGCUCACGAAGAACUGCAAAGGCUCAGAAGAAUGGCGAUAACUUCUCCAAAAUCACCAAAAGCUUCUCUAACAGCGCAAGCUAUCUUGCAUAGAGUAGAGAAUGAGAGAGAUACUGCGAUCACUGAUUUGCGGAGAAUGACUACAGAACGAGACAGCUUGAGAGAAAGACUCAAGAUUCAACAAGAACAAGCAGUUAAUGAAAGAACAAGAUUGGAACAAAAGCUUGAUAUAACGGAAGAUAAAUUACACUCGUUAAAUCAGGAUAGAGUGGAACUUCAGACUCGACUGGAUGCACUCAAAGGAGUGUGUGCUAAUCAAGAAGAGGAGGUGAAGCUACUCAGAUUGAAAUUACAAGAUGCAGAUGCGGACAGACAGAGUAUGCGAGCUCAUCUUGAGGAUAUGAGAAUUGAGAAGGCACAAACAGAAGCAAACCUCGAAACAACACAAAGGCAUUUGAACAGAAAAGCAGCAGACUUAGAUGCAGCAGAUGACAGGACUAAGAUAUUAGAGACGAGAAUAGCAGACUUACUAGAUGCUUCUACGAAACAAGGCGAAGACAUCUCAAAACUUCGUGCGACAAUAAGCUCACUCGAUCUCGAUAAAGACAGUCUUCAAGCGGCACUUGACGAGAAAACUGAGCGAGUAAAUACCCUCGAAGACUUACUUGCUAAACGAGAGCAUGAUAUCGUGGAACAGAAAAUGUCUAUUAAUACCUUGGAGACGAAACUCGAAGCAGUGAAUGAGGAACUAGCAAAUAGCGAAAGAGAAUGUAGAACGUUGCGACGACAACUCGAAAACUCGCAAACGGAUUUGAGUGAAACAACUCGAGCUAAAGAUGUUUUGACAAGAGAAUCACGAAGGUUACAGGACGACAACUCGCAACUCACUCGUGAGAAUCAGGAUCUCAAUCAAGAAAUUGAUGACGUCAUGAGGGAGAGAGAUGAUGAGAGGAACCGGGGACAAGACCUACUCAACAGAAUCUCACAUUUAGAGAAUGGACUUGCUUCUAAAGAAAGAGAGUUGCAAGAUGUUUUAGACCAAUAUCGUAAAGUUUCCGCGGAGCGUGAUUCCGCUGAGAGCAAGCAUAGGAUAAGUAAUGACGAAGCUCAAGAAUUAAAACUUGAAGUUAUGUCUCUGGAAAGCGAGAAGAAAAGACUUGCAGAAAAAACUCAGGAACUUGACCGAGAAAUAAUGCAGUAUAUGCAAACUCAGCAGUCUUACGAGGCCCAAGUCAAAGAUCUACGUAAUACAAUGCAUAGGAUGGAGAGUGAUUUACACCAUAUAGAAGAUGAGAGAAAAGUACUCAUCUCAGAUGUGAACUCAGUCCGAGAUCUGAACUCCAAAUUAGACAUCAGUAAAGAGCAAUGCAUGAGACAAUAUGCUUCUCGAACUGCUGAGUAUGAGGAGCUGAAAUCAAACUUUGAUGAUCUCACACGUGAACUCAACAUCGUUCACAAACAUCUCGAUGACGAGAGAAUGAAUUCAAAAAAACUCGAGGACGCAAUCGCUAACUCAAGAGAAAAAGAAUUUCAAGCUCAAUUGGACUCGCAAGAAAUAAAAUCAGAGGGACAGAUGCUUCGCGAUAAAUUGUCACUCAAUGAAAGCAAGCUGCAAAGUCUAUCCAGAGAAGUAUCAUCAUUACGAACAAAAUCUUCUCAGUUGGAAUCUGAACUUGAAGCAACAAGAAGGCAUUUAACAAAUGAAAGAUAUGAAAGGGAAAGAGCUGUGCAAGAGUUGCGUCGGCAUGGAUUACCAUCACCUGGACUAUUUGGAAUGUCAGGGUCAACUUCACCUGGACGACCCAGGUCACGGUCUGGUAGUCCAACCAGGGUUUCUUUCUUGGAUAGCCGAUAAAGAACCAACAAGACAUUGGAAUAGACUCCGUCCAUAAGAAUAAUAUAGUUUAUAUCAUUUCACGAUUAUAUAAAUAUGCUCCAUCUUUUAUGCAGCAUACCAAAACUUUAAUAUCAUGUUAUGAAAACACAAAUAUAUUAUCUAGUUUUGUAAAGAUAUUUUGUAUUAAAUUUGCUUCUCAUCAGCUUAAAUUUGAUGGUAUUCUCGUUAGUUAUAUACCAUAGUACUUACUUCCUAAUAAGCAUGUAUAUCUUCUUCCCCUAUUUUAAUCACCUGCUGCUAGAUAUUGAGAUUUUUAUAUUUUUUUUAAUUGUGAUAAUUUUUCAUUUUUAUAUUAUAGGUUUGUUAGUUUGGUUAGGUUGUUUAUUUUAACUUCAUUAUUUUUAUAAGCUCAAAUAUUGAGCAAAAAUGGAAAAUUAGGGUUUUUAGGGCCUGGCGCUUAUUGAAGUGUUAGACUUAAUUGCAUCACAGAUUACACAUCUCUGGUUCAAAUGUAUUUAUGAGAACAAGAUAUUUUUGUGAUGCAAUCUUUUCAGAUGUCCAUUUAAAUAAAAUUUAAUCUACUUACAUUUUUCUAAUUUUGAAUAAGUUUUAAAACAAUUUAAUUAGGAAUUUGUAUUAGUAGUAUUGUGUUAUGUUUGGUCUUCCUACAUUUUACUACCUUAUUUUACUUAUAACACAAUUGUGUUAGUUCUCUGCACCCAUAAUUAAUUUCACCAAUAUAAUUAUGAGCACUGUUAUUUAUUAAUUCAUUAUUUAUCGUAAUUAGUAAUUAAAUUGAUUUAAUUAGAUAUAUGCAAGUGUAAAAAUUGCUGUUGGCGUAGUUUUUCAUAUCUAAAUAUGGUGCAUAUUGAAAUUGAUGCUAUGUUAGAAUCGGCGUCUGACAAGGGUGGUCAAGUAGACUCAUAUACUUUGGUAUAUAUCGAAUAUACCCUGCUAAUCUUUUUAUUUGCUUUGAUCAAUGUCAUAUUGUAGUUGGAUUUCACUUGUGUAUAUUGUUUUUCAGUGGUUAACAAAUAUAUUAUAAUUUUGAUAUUC